CAUUUUCCGCGAGAAAUGUCAUUUGGGCCCCAUAUAAAACCGAAAGGUUGCCUUUUUGGACCCGGGAUUUCUACACCAAUUGGUAUAUUGUCAAUUCGCGACUUCUAUACGGAGCAUAGAAAUUAGUGGCUAUAUCCGUUUCUUUUUUCAGAUUCCUUUUAUCGUGUGUUUUCGUCGAAACCCAACUCCAAGGGGAUGAAAGAGAAGUGUCAUUGGGGUUCUUUCUGGUCGACUACCCCAUGUCGACUUUAUCAUUAAUUAAUGUCGGCAAUGGAACGAAGCUCUUAGCAAAGCUUUUGAGCGGUAGGCUUAGACUCGGGGGACAUUUUAUACCGGAUCAAUUCGCUGCGUUGUUAUCGAGAUCUAGAAAAUUGUGUAGUCGAUGGGACUCCUAUACAGGUUUACAUCCGCGAGAUCUACAACGCCACGCGAGAGAUCGUACAGCAUAACCUACAAACCAUGUUCGUUCGUGUGGUAACCGAGAUAAGUCUUAAUUCGGGCAUCUCGAGUGAAUCUACGCGACGCACGCCCCGGAGUGGACAGGUCGAGUCGGUAAGGCGGAUCAUUUAUCACCUCGGAGACACGAUCCUUCAGGCGCGCACAGGAUAUGGCAAGAGCAUCGUGUUCCAGGCUGUCUCGAUUAUCCUACCUCAUAAGAUUACAACCCAGAUCGUCCCAUUCAGCAAGCUAGGAGAGGAGCAAUACAGGACCAUUGCCACAUACUCAGGUACACGCCCGAUUUGGGUUGACCAGAGCACGAGCAAAGAAGCGCUUAGACAAGGGCGUUAUACUCAUAUCCUAUUAGGACCGGAGCAAGCCAUCCACUACCGCUUCCUCCGUCUCUUCCGUACGGCCGAGUUCAACCAACGCAUCGCAUUCGUCGGAAUCGACGAGCUCCAUACCAUUCACCAGUGGAGGGACUUUAGGUCAUCCUUUGCCAACCUCCAUCAAGUUCGAGCUGCACUCCCGGUCAUGAUCCCUUGGUUUGGCUGCACGGCUACUCUUACUCCCGAUGCAGAGCUAUUUAUCCAUCAGGUAGGGGCCUUUCGGGAAGAGGGACAUCAAGUCGGGUCCCUCGAGAUAAUCCGUACUACCAUCGACCGUCGCGACAUUAGCAUCAUAGUACAAUGUCUGCCAAAGGGCAGUCUUCGCGACUUCCGACGACUGGAGUUCCUACUCAACAAGGGUCCGAACGAUCAAAUCACGAAGACCAUCGUCUACAUUGACAGCAAAGCAAAGAUCAUCUCAGCCCGCCACCACCUCUUGAAACGAGUUUCGCCGGCCGAUUCGACAUGCAGGAUCAUAUUAGCUACCGUAUCACUUGGCAUGGGUAUGGACAUUCCAGAUGUGAUGCAGGUUGUACAGUAUGGACCUGUUCGGUCUGGGGACAUCGCCGAUUUGUGGCAGCGAUUUGGGCGGGCAGUUCGUGCGGGUGGGUCGCUCCAUGGCAAGGCCUAUUUCUUCGCACCCUAUUGGUUCUUCGACCGACUAGGAGAGGAGGACCCUGUCAAGUCAAACCCUAGAGCAGCACCUUUAUCACACCAGCCGCCAGUCCCCAGUCGCCUACGCCAGGCAAUUACAAAUGGCGACGACGAGUCCGACAGUGAUAACUGUUCCGUUGCGUCCAGCACGUACUCUCAGCUAGCCUUUAUGCCCCAGGACCUAUACGACCUUACCCCUGGCGUCGCAGCCGACCAGCCUCCGACCAGCACCGCAUACCAAGUCCACCCCACGCUCGGUCUCUUCGGUGACCACAUCGUGCGCCAGCGGUGGACUGCGCAAGAGAAGAAGUGGCGCGAGAAUCUGGCUGUCAAUAACCAGUUGAUGUAUGAAUUUGCCAACGCCAGCUGCUUCCGAACAGCUGCACUAUCCAUGCUUCAGGAGGCGGCAAUGUCAUCGUCUCGGGUAGCAGGCUACAUGUGUUGCAACGCCUGCAGCCCGUCGCUCGGGGCUCUGGACGGCAUGCCCCCCAAACAUCAAACGCUCCGGAAGCCAUAUAUGAAUAGCAAGGCGUGGUUCAUUUGGCAGGAGUUGCAUUCUUACGCUGAUCGGAUCGCCGCCACUGAACUGUGGCCCGAGAAGGAGAGAUUCUGCCAUCUUCCAUCGACGGUCUUCUUGGAGUCUCGACUACAGUCCGCCCUGGCCAAAGAGCUAGCGACAACCGGCUACGUGCCCUCGGGCGUCGAGGAUCUGCAGACACGAGUACCCGACCUAGCAACAUGGGAACAUUUGGAGGAAUGGGGCGAUCGGUUGGUGGCGGAGUGUAUCCGUCUGCAGCCUAUCGCAGUGUCAAAGUGGACGGACCACAAGCAACGUGCUGCGACGCAACGUGCGCAUACCAGGCGUGCGGCAACGGGAGUGACGCCUACAACACCGCAAGCGAGCCCUUUCACGCCCAACACGUCGUUUUCUUCCGAUGCCACCCUCGUCGGGGAGCUAACCUACCCGGUCACCCCCACUCCGGCGCGGGGUGACGCCCCAAUCCCGCCAUCUACAACGAGGAGACAGCCUACAAAGAGGCAGCGGCGGAUAAACUCUGUUGGAACGGGGGCGCAGAACAAGCGUCGCUAACACCAUGUAGAUAACACCGUGCAUUGGAAUUACAUCAAUUGGUGUAGAUAUCUAUAAAUACCAAUUGUUGAAAUUGGAGUACUAGCCC